AUGGAUAUGCCCACAUCUUUUCACAAAAAGCGUAUGAUGUUAAAGCCAUAUCAGUACAAAGUUCUUCAAGACCAUUUCUCUGCCAAUCCAAAGCCAGAUGCGAGAGUCUACAUCGACAUUGCUUCUCGUCUAAAUGUCUCAAUCACCAAGAUAAAAAACUGGUUCCAGAACCGUCGGGCCAAAGCUCGCAAGGAUAAAAAAUGGCAAGAACAACACAUCAAUCUGCCGGAAAUAUUAGCGGAAUCACCAAAACAUGUAGCCCAUGAAAGGCACAUAUCAACUGCACUAAACUCAGAGAAUAAUAGUAGCAUUAGCAGUAGCAGCAGAGCUGUUAAUAAGCACACACAUAAUAGUCCUGUCAGUGUAGCUUACUCUGCUAUAUAUUGGGACACUCCAAGAACACUGGAUUACUAUCGUAUACACCAACACCAGCCUCAUAAUUGGUGUAGCGAGUCAGAGUUGCAGACUGCUUCGGUUUCAGAAAACAUUGCAGAAAUCCCUACAGCAUACGAUUGUCCCCAAUCAAAAUUAAGAAUGAGUCCUCAAGAGACAACUCUUAAAGAUAUAAGCUUUGGAUCUAUGGGCGGAAAAACUAGAUUUCCUGUUAAUACUAUUUACAUCGGCAAUUGGUCCUACUAUACAUCAUGUAAACUCAGGGAUCCAGUUGAUUUGGCAUGCGGUGUCAAUCAUCAGCUACGUUUGUUGUACUGGCAAAUCUGGAAAGGCAGAUAUGUAUUUAAAGUGCAUAUUUUCCUUGAAGACAUUCGAAAUAUCAGACUACACCGUACUCUAACUGGACACAGCUCCCCUAACUUGUCAGGUGAGCUUGUGGUAGAGCUCUAUCGACUUGACAGACUUGUAUUCUACAAAAAGGAAGUAGCCCUGGGUGGUUCUGAUUGGGCUCCUUGCGUGGAUUUUACUGAUAACAUGGAGGCAAGUACCCAUCCAAUUCAAGUGUUUGAAGGCAGUUACGAUAGCCUCAAACUGGGUUUGAUAAGCUUUACCAAGGCUUUCCCCGAAAUGGUUUCCAAGGUGACCGUUGUUGACUCUCUUGUGGCGAUGAUCUCUCCUGCUCUUACCGACCCACAAAUGCUUCCUACUCCAAUGCUUCCCCAGCAACUUACACAACAGCGACCACAACAACGGCCACAACAACGGCCACAAGCACAACCACAGCCCAGUCGUGACCUUUUCAAGCAAUCUCUGGACUACUUUUCUUUUAAACCUCUUCCUACAUACGUGCCCAUAUCUAUGCUUCCGGGUCACCAAAAUACGACAACUUUCAAAUAUUCCUUGUCUUAA